AUGAGCCGAGACUACUUCAACCCACUUGAUCACAACACCACAUUUUCCACACCGCUGCAAAACAUGUAUUGGAACGGCGUGUACUAUCCUAACUGGCGAAUCUAUCGCGAUCAGCCGCCCGUCUCGUUGAACUACGACGUCAUUUCGCAUGUCUUUUAUGCGUUUGCCUGGGUCAAAGAAGAUGGAACUGUAUAUUUGAGCGAUGAAUGGGCAGAUACGCAGAUCGAUGUUCCCGGCAUCGACGACAUCCCUGCAACAAAGGGUUGUCUGAACUCGUUUGCGCUUCUUAAGAAAAAGUACACGAGACUGCGAGUAGUGCUCUCGAUCGGCGGGGGCGGCAAAGGCAGCGAGCCGUUUGCGGGCGUUGCUCGAGACCCAGCUUGUCGUGAGCGCUUUGCACAGUCAUCCCUGGCUUUGGUGCAGCAAUUCGGCAUCGAUGGAAUUGACAUCGAUUGGGAGCACCCGGCCGAUGCCAGUCAAGGCCAGGACUACAUUGCUCUACUAGCCACAAUCCGGCAGUACCUCCCAGCCCCUCAGUACACAUUGUCCUCUGCUCUCCCAGCCGGCGAAUGGGCUCUCCAGCACAUCAAUCUGGGAUACGCGUCCCAGUAUCUCGACCUGGUUAACCUCAUGGCGUACGACUACUCGGGACCGUGGGUGAGUAAAUGCGGGCACCAAGCCCAGCUCUUCACACCACCCGUCCCGCACAGCCCCGAAGCCGCAAUCUCCUGUCACUCAGCCGUCUCGUACAUGAUCAACCAGGGCGUGCCCCGCCACAAAAUCGUCAUGGGCGUCCCCGCAUACGGCCGCAGCUUCACCGGCACCCGUGGCAUCGGCCACGAGUUCUCCGGCCAGGCGGGCGAAGAAGGCACGUUUGAGUACCGCGACCUGCCGCGUCCGGGCGCAGAGGAGCAUGUCGACGAACAGCUUGGCGCGGCUUACUGUGUUGGAGGCGAUGGCGGCCUUGUCACGUACGAUACGCCGCAGACGGUUAGGAUGAAGGCGAAUUACGUGCGACAGAAUGGACUAGGUGGCUUGUUUUACUGGACGGGCACGGGAGAUGUUAGUUCGAUUACGCAAAAGGACCGGAGUCUGGUAUAUAACGGGUUUCUUGCUUUGUUUGGGCAGUAGUUUUUGUCCAAAUGCGGAUAAGAUGCGUAUUUGUUCUUCAAAUCAAACAUUGUGGAUGAGUAU